AUGCAUCCAACCCACAAUUACCGACACUCCCGUCGGUCUGCUUGUGAUCGUUGUCGCGGGCAGAAAUUGCGAUGCGAGCGCGAUCAUAUGAACGGCAUGUCUUGUGAGCGAUGCCUUAAGGCCCAAGAAAUAUGUAUCACAAGUAUAAACCAGCCUGCACCGGUCAUCCUACCCUCAAACCAUGGGCAGAGUCAAGUUGCCCGAGAUGACCGUGAGAGCCAAAGAUUCAAUCAAAGGCAUGAAUCGAUGUCUAUUCUUCACAAAUUAUCCGGCCCAAGAGUGAAGAAGUCAUUGCAUUCUCCAACCGCAAUCUCAGCAAGGCACAAUAUGAAAGAGCAUCACUACUGGGGAGGAGUAGCGUCAAUGCCAGUUUCUCCUGAAGGCAAUUUCCUUCCAUCCUCAGGGGACAUUGGGUUUAAUAUGCCCCUAGACUUUGGAAAAAUCAUGCCUCCUGUUGAGCCAUGGGGUCAUCAUCAGCCAAACUGGUCAAGCGAUGCGUAUAACUUGCCUCCCGAUUGGAUACCAUCGGAUCAACUAUAUCCUUACGAGACAAAUUCUUGUUUUCCCUCUAUUUUUACUAGUGAUGCUCCACCAGGCGCCAGUCAGGCUACUGAGGUGGCAAUCUCUCAGCAUUUUGAACCUAAGCAUCUCAACUACGGCGAAAACCAAUCCCUCUUUGCAGUAAAGGACCUGCCGGAUCCUGCGUGGGUAAAUCACACAACCCUUCCGACUACAAGCAAUCCUCUCCCAAUGAAAACAAGCCAUGAAGCUCUCUACUCUACGCAGGAUAUUCGCAGGAGUCUCUUGAGAUUGAAAAUGGGACUUCUUGAUGGUUUGGAGCUGUUCGAGACUGGAUCAAUGCCACUGGAAUCUUCAUCCCUUUUCUACGAAAAUUCUAAUUUGUCAAUUGAAACACUCGACCUUCCAAUAUAUCGCCUGCUUGAUCACUCGUCGUGGCUUUUGGCAAUUGUUCGCUCUUCGUGUGGUACACCGGAAGAGAGCUUGGAUGCUACACUUGCUCCACAACGAUCUGAAUCGGAGAACAGCGGAUAUGAAGACUCUUCGUUUAUCCUUCCGCGCACUGGUGACAAUAGCUUGGAUGAUGAUAUCACCACAGUAUCCCCACAUGAUUCUGGUUAUCAUACGGCGACGACAUCUCCGGAUCGAAUAAUGCCUCCCACAAUCCGGAAAUGCGAUAUAACGCUGUGGCUCGGCAUAUUGGAGGCACAUUGCUCAUUAGUUUGCAUAUAUCGCGCUGUUUUCAUGCGCUUGUACCAGCUCUUUCUCAUCAUUCCUCCUGUUGAUGCAGCGACAAUUCUGUUGUUGCCAAAAGUACGGUUCGGGGAGUUUCAUUUAGAUGGAAAUCUCAUUACUCAAGUUCAAUUAUUGGUUGAGUUUAGCGCAACAAUGAUGGGCAAACUUGACCGGGCACUUAAAUUGCGACCAAGUUCAGCUCAACCACAAAAGGAUCGAGGGUUUGAUCCAUCAGAAAUAGGCCACCAGAAGGAUUGGUCAACAUCGAUCCGCGACAUUGUCCUGGCACAAGAACAAGAUCCCUGUGAGAUGUCUCUGAUGCAAAUAAUGGAGUGUUUACGGCAGCUUGUUAAAGACCCAGUCAUUAUCUAA